GUUCAGUUGAAAGAAACAUCUGACAAAAGAGAAGGCAUAUUGAGGGGUGAGAACAGAUACUUGUUGCCUCUUGCUGUCAAGUUCUCUCAACUGGACUGGAAGUGAUGCUUCGCUGGGUCUUGCUUGCUUUGUUCUUUGGUAUCUGUGCCGGUGCCGGAGACCAGAAAAAACUGAAAAAAGUGAAGCCUCAGUCCCUGUCAAAAGGAUGGGGGGAUGGUAUUAACUGGGUCAAAAGUUAUGAAGAGGGCCUAUCAAAGAUGGUCAGCAGUCAGAAGCCUCUGAUGGUCAUCCAUCAUCUAGACGACUGCCCAUACAGUAAAGCACUGAAGAAGGCAUUUGUCGCUGAAAGGUCCAUCCAGAAAAUGGCCAAAGAGGAUUUCAUUAUGCUCAACUUGGUGGAUGAAACUACGGACAAGAAUCUGGCACCUGAUGGCUACUAUGUUCCUAGAAUACUCUUUGUUGACCCGUCUAUGACCGUGCGCACGGACAUUGCAGGAAAGUACAGCAACCGCGUGUAUGCCUACGAGCCUGGUGACAUGGAACACCUGGCCAAAAACAUGAAGAAAGCCAAAGUCCUGCUGCACUCUGAACUCUGAAGCUCAGCUCACUCCAGCAUCUGAUGUCUCUGCAUCCUUCAGUCAUUCUCGGCUGCAUGCUCAAGGAUCAACGCUGAAAUAUUUACAUGCUGUUCAGAGCUCAAUAAAACCAAAAUAAAUUAUCAGAAA